AUGGCCUGGACCAGCAAUACCUCCUGGUUUAACCACCUGGCGCUGCAUGAAGAACGCUUCAGGAGGUACCUGAACAGCACCGAGGAUUACUUAGCCUUCCUAUGUGGGCCCAAAAGGAGUCAUCUCUUCUUGCCCAUGGCUUUGGUGUACACCUUGAUCUUCAUUGUUGGGGUGGUAGGUAACUUCUUAGUUUGCCUGGUAAUCCUUAAGCACCGGAACAUGAAGACACCAACCAAUUACUACCUCUUCAGCCUCGCUGUCUCAGACCUGCUUGUGCUGCUUUUCGGGAUGCCCCUGGAAGUCUACGAGAUGUGGAGCAACUACCCCUUCUUGUUCGGGCCCAUUGGCUGCUAUUUCAAGACAGCGCUCUUUGAGACAGUGUGCUUCGCCUCCAUCCUCAGCGUGACCACGGUCAGCGUGGAGAGAUACGUUGCCAUCCUCCAUCCCUUCCGUGCCAAGCUGGAGAGCACCCGCAAGCGUGCCCUGAGGACCAUCGUGGUGCUCUGGGUCCUCUCUGUCCUCUUCGCCCUCCCCAACACGGGCACCCACGGCAUCAUGCUGCAGUAUUUCCCCAACGGCACCCUGGUCCCUGGCUCUGCUACCUGCACCGUAGUCAUGCCCAUGUGGAUCUACAACUGCAUCGUCCAGAUCACGUCCUUUCUCUUCUAUGUGCUGCCCAUGGGGGUCAUAAGUGUGCUGUACUAUCUGAUGGGGCUAAGAUUGAAAGGAGACAAAUCUCUGGAAGCGGAGGAAAUGUCUGUGAAUGUCCAGAGACCAUCCAGAAAAUCAGUCACCAAGAUGCUGUUUGUCCUCGUGAUGGUUUUUGCCGUCUGCUGGGCCCCGUUCCAUAUCGAUCGGCUCUUCUUCAGCUUUGUGGUGGAAUGGACUGAGCCUCUGGCUAAUAUAUUCAACUUAAUUCACGUGGUGUCAGGUGUUUUCUUCUACCUGAGCUCUGCCGUGAACCCCAUCAUCUACAACCUGCUGUCUCAGCGCUUCAGGCUGGCUUUUCUCAGCGUCAUCUCUCCUCGCUGCAGGCACUGGGCCCCUAAGCACCCCACCAGCCAGAUUCCUGCCCAGCAGAGCAUCUUUGUGGUUGAGGACCACAACCUCGCAGACUCUGCUGAAGACACAAGCGUCCCUGGCACCCACAGGACCUCUGUCAGCAGUUCUCAGCUCUCCACCGGCCUGUGACUUGCCGCGCUGUGAUCCACGUGACAGGGAAGUUGAAGAAAACGACUUCUGGAAAUAACAAGAGGAGACAGUCCUAAAAGACCAAUUUCAGAAAGAAGAGCUCACAGACUGUGUCUCAGAGAAUGAAUGAAUGAAUGAGGAGACUGUAAUUAGUAGGUUAUUGAGAGGCAUUGUAUUACCCUCAAGCUAAUAGGAGGGCUGGAAAUCUCAGCUCACUGUCUGCAAGCUCUGCCAGCAAAGACCUACUUUACAAAAGCAGCACACACUCCCAAUGCUGCCAGCACAUGAGAGACACAGCUUAUCCAAAUCUUACCAAAUGGCCUUUUUGUGCACCAGCCUAAACGUCAGUUUUUACUCAACUUGAACUGGGGCAACUUUCUGGACAAGCCUUGUCUGCCCACUUCUGGCUUUAGGGAAGCCACUGUCGUUUCUCUCUCCCGUGAUCUUGAGAUGUGUCUGUUGCAAACCUCUCGUGGCAAUAUGGUCAAGUGGACACGAACGAGCCCUGAGCUGAGCUGGUAAACCUCAGACACCAGCACCAGCAGUCACUAUUUCUAGACCAGAAGAAUGAGGAACCAAAAGUUACACAAAGCAAACUUUUGCUUUCUGAGCUAGGUAAAGGUUGGGGUGGUGGAUGGUGAGUGAUGCCUUGCAUCGCUUUGUCAAAAAAAUGCCCUCUAGUGGAUUAUUUUUAAAAAGUCUCAAAGUCCCUGCUGUACCUCCUUGCACUAUGGCUGACAAUAUUCACACAGCACUGAACUAGCAUGUGCAUGCCACAAAUCUGUCUAUAUUACUGGAGGCUGAGGAUAUUCCCUUGUCCAAAAUGAAGCUAGCAGAGGAUAACUUCCCAGGGAACCUCAAAGGUCUGCAGCCUCUGCUGGUUUAUCCUGCGCAUCAGAUGAUUUUAUUUUUGUCCAUCUAUCUGAGCUGAGCCUGACCACAUACUGGUAGGUCCCUGUAUGCCCCUGCCCUGCAGUUUGCAGCAGUUUCUUGUGUUUCUGGCUGAUGGGUCUCCAGGGUGAGGCGAGACCUGGAGGUCUCAUAGCUGGAGUCCCCUUUUCCUGCAGCUCAAGGGGCGUUUCAGCCCCUGUCUUCUGCCAGACCCCUUUCACCAGUUGCAUUCAUGAGAAACAACCGAGGAGAAGGUAACAGGUACGCACAGGGCCCUGGAGAGAAAAGACAACUCCUGCUCCCUGAAGACACAGCUGAAACACUUUGCCACCCCCAAGUGGACACUCCAGUGAUAUCAGUGGCAUUUACAUCUGUAACCGGUCUCGCAUUAUCAUUUUUCUCUCUACCACCCCAUAAGGUGCAUUUUCCCCCCAGCCAUGCCUGGCUGCCUGCAUGCUGCUGAGGCCCUGGGUCUCCCAGUUUGCUCAGGGUGCAGUGCUCCCAGUGAGGGGCUGGGACCACCAGGGCAGAGGCUUUGUGGGAUUUCCCCCUCACCCUGUACAUCACCCCUGUAACUCCCUGGCUGACCCCAGAAGGUUCUGCUCCCAUCCCAGCUGUAAGCCACAGAAAACACAGCUUCCCCUCUGCUGUCCUAGACACCCAAAUCGGAGAAGAGAGAGUCUAGUUUGACAUGCACACCCACUAUAUGAUAGAGACAUUCCUCUGCAAGGUUCUGUGGCUCUUUGAAUACAUCUUACUCAUUUAGGACCAGAUUGUGACCUGUACUGGGGCACAGAUCUGUCUGUGAGUGCUGCCACCCUCUGCGAUUCUGUGAGUCUAUCUUAAAUGCAUCUCUGACCCGCAGGUGAGCACACAGACCUGAAGACAAGCUUGGGAUGUGGAGCUGCAGGGUGAUGAUAAUGUCUGAUCUGAAACAAAAUGGCCACACUUUUGUUCCUAAGACAAAAGGCUCUGGGAGGAAGAGGAAGAAUUGGGGAUAAAACAUAUGCAUGGAGAGGAAAUUUUUGAAAAAGAAAUACUGAGAAUCAGAUGGCCAGGAACUUACCUUCAGUUCUGAAUAAACUAGCAUAAAAAACUUCUUUUUGUCCUAUAAGGAGUUUUUAGCACAUUUAAUUUGGCAUCAGUCAAAAGAGGUCACAGCGGUAACCAUGAAUUAUUGAGCUUUUUUGGCCAAAAACCAAAAGCAAAACUGAAACCAUUUAGUCUUGCAUCAAGCCAAACAUCGUUUGAAGA